AUGAUACAGAUGAUAUCAUAUCUGAAACACUUGGCUUACGUUGAUGGUAUUGUUGACACAAAGAUUGGUGAAGCGGGCAUUGCAGACUCCUACAAACAUUCUCUGAUAAGAAGUUAUGAGGUCAGUGCGGGAGAAUGGUGCAGCAGUUAUGAAGCAGAACUGACUACCGUGAUGGAAAUAGAAGAGUCUCUCAACAAAGCAGAGCAUACUAAUCUCAAUCACUUCUGUACAGGACAUCACAUGGGAUUGAAAAGUUACACGCAUCGAAUCGGCUUUAGUGAUAGAGCAGUAUGUGGACUGUGUGAAACGCAAGUGGAGGAUAUGGAUAAGAUUUCAAAGGAAAACUGGGAGAACUGA